GUGAGAAACACAGGACUCGGCGCCUCGUACGAGCUAAAUUGUGUUACAGACAGAAUCUGUUACGAGGGAACGGAAAUUUUCAUAUCAGAUUUACGCUUUUCCUGAGCUCGAUGUCUCGAAGUCUUCAUUUCUUCACCGUAUGGCUGCAAGAACCAUAUCUAUUGUGAAGUAUGACUAUUAUUCUUCCUCACGCCAGCACAUACGGAAGAUUGCCGGAUACUAUUUGAUCAAGAGACAUAUUAGCAUAUCCUCCUAGUAGCCGGGCCAAACGUGCGGAUGACAGAAUGCAUGCAGGAUGGGACGAGAGCUACUCGAAACCCCGCCCUUCUGAGCGGAAGAGUUGUUUCACAGUGUGAUCAAUGUACCGGACAUGAGUGGGCUCUGUGUGAUUCAGAUCUGCAUGUACGACACAAAAGUUGAAAACAGCAGUGUGACUUGUCAGUCUUGGGAUUCGAUUGCUUUUGCUUUUUGGUCGGACAAGUCUCACCAACCACAAAAGAACUAUCUAGGGUUGAGAUCCUCGUGUGACCUAUCAGGUGCCACGACUAGUCAGACUUUCAUAAGGUUCUUGCGGUCAACAGGUAAUUAACAGCCUUUUGAGCCUCACACUUACCUCACCUUCUGUUAACCCCCUCCUACUGUAUGAUUGUAUGGACAUGUGGUGCGGCGCUAUUAGUAUUCUAACCUACCCCACGAACGCUAAAGCUGAUCUGAACAGCGAUUAACCCAAUCCCCCCGGGGAUAAUUGUCCAUUGAGAGCCUCUGAUUCCA